GACAAGAACAAACAAAUCAAACAAAGGUAAACAAAGAAAGAUAGACACUCUCUUUCUAUCGCUCUCUUCCUCAUUCAUUGACAAUAAUUGCACUGUACCGUUGCCUCCUCUUCUUGCAUCGUUUCGUGCUCUAUUUCAUGGAACCUGCUUCAUCUUUUCCAUGAUCAUCAUUAUUCACAGAGAAAGAAACAGAAGAAGAAGAAGACAAGGUUAGUUACGGUACCUACCCACAUGGCUGAGAUCAACCAUUGUUCCACUAAACCUGAAGCAAUACCAAUUAACGGGUGUAAGACUCAAUCUUUGAUUGAAAACAACACGAGGGUAUGCUCUGAUGUUUCUGAAACGACGUCGUCCUGUUCUUCACAUAGGGUUAAAGGGAAAGGUAAAGGGGUGGUUGCCUACAAACGGCGCAACCCUAGAGUGGUUGUUCGCCGCCGUGCUAGGGCUAGUGUCGACGCCGUUGGGUUUCCUCUUGGAAUGUCAUUCGCCGCUGUGUUGGCUCAGGUGUUGUAUAGAAGAGAUGCAGCAGCUGAGAGUAUGUCCCCAAGUCAUCUUUCGUCGAUGUGCACGUCAGCUAUCAAGGAAUCUCUAGCCAGUGUUUUUGGAGACAAGCUAGAUGGUUUAACAAGGAACUUUGAAGAAUCUUUUGAUAGCACUUUGAGUACUCUUCGAUUAAUUUAUGAGACAUCUACACGCAAUGAAAGGAAUAAAUUUGAUAAUAUGAAAAUGGAAAUUCCAAAUACUGAUUUGAGCAAAGGAGAUUGCUCAAGUGAUGUUGUUUCAGAGGAUGGUCAUUCAGGGCCAAUAUCACGUGCUAAAAUUCAAGAUCAAUCAAAUAGUCCUGAAGAGGUCAGGGAUAACUUUCAUAUGGAUUCAGUGAGUCGUGGUCUUACAUUGCAUGGGAAAUCAAACCAAGUGGUUUGUUUUUCUCCAACCUCUUCUGGAUCUGUAAUUAAUAAUCCUAUUGUUAGUACAUAUGAGAAGUCUAUUGUGGAGCAAUGCCGUUCUAAUGAGCUCAAGACAAUUGAACUUGGCCUUACAAUGAAAAAGUUGCAAUUGAAAGAGACAGAAUUGGCUCUCCACUAUGAUUUGAAUAAUCUGGAGAGAUCAAAGUUAGCCAUGGGAGCAUCAAAGGCAUCAUUCAGAGCUGAAAAGUUCAAGAACCAGUUAGAAGAUAUGAGACAUGGCGAACUAAAUAAGAAGUGCAUAGACUGUCUUAUUGCUGGUCUGUUUAUCAUGUCAGCGUCACUUGUGUAUGCUGCUUAUGUUUAUAGCUAUAAACAGAUUACUGAAGCUACCGAAACAUGUACACCACUUGAGGAAUCUUCCUCCUGGUGGACUCCGAAGUCAGUGGUCUGGUUCAACUCAGGCUUGCAUGUUUUGUGGUGUCAAGUUCAAGUCAUCAGCAGAAUGUUGUUUGGAGUCAUAAUGAUUUUUGCAGUUGCAUAUUUGCUCAUCCAGCGCUCAGCGGCAUCAUCAACACAGACUAUGCCAGUUACAUUCAUCCUUUUGAUGUUAGGAAUUGGUUGCGGCUACUGUGGCAAGCUAUGUGUAGACACACUGGGAGGAAGUGGUUAUGUGUGGCUUUCUUAUUGGGAGAUUCUAUGCCUGCUGCAUUUCUUAUCGAUUGGCUUCACGUCCAUAUUGUACUCAAUCCUUCAUGGACCACUCACCAAACUGCAAUCAUCCAAGGAGAAUACAAUCUUCCCCUACUGGAUUCGCAGAAUUUUGUUCUAUGGUACAUUGCUUGUGGUUCUACCAUUGUGUUGUGGCUUCUUGCCUUUUGCAAGCAUAGGUCAAUGGAAAGAGUAUUUUAUGUUGAAGGUGUUGGAUUUCUACGGAUCAGAGGUGUAAAACACUGUCUGGUCAUGUAAAACUUGCAUGUAAACACUGUUCUUUGGUGUAAAACCCUUUUUGCCUAACUAGGAGCUGCUUGGCUUGUGGGAAGCCAACUUACCAAGCACCUAUAACUGUAUUUGCCCACAUGUAACUUUAUCUAGUUCAUCUAAUUAUUUUCUCCUAUGAGGUAUGUAAUAUUUGAUGUUACAGUAUGCUUAUUGUAUUUUAUUGGAACCUGCCUGCUUUGGAUUUCAUGCA